UCUUGCCUGCAACAUACAGGCAACUUCCUCUUUCAACACCCUUUGAAAACUGACCAGGUUUGAUUGCUAAGCCUUUAAAUACCUCAUCACCAUAUCCUCAACUUUUCAUCAAUACAUGAAAAUUAUUUGUUUUUCAAUAUCAUCCUCUCUCAACCUGGCUAGCAAUUUUCUUGCUUCUCAUCUUCCAUGGAAACCUUUCUUGAUUUAACCUUAUUGUUUCAUACUUUAACAUGUUAUAAUAGCAACAAAAGCUUUCUCUCGAGAUGCUGGUCUUUCCCAGAGCAUGAAAAUGACAGCUCCAAGGCACCAGAUUGCGAGAGAACUCUUUGUUUUGAUCGUUCAAGCAAUGGAGUUUCGAGUUUAUCGGCGAAGAAAGAAGAUGGUGUGAGAAUUCAUAGGAAACACGUGGAAAAAUUGAUGGGAAAUCUGGGGAUUUUUUGCGACCAAGAAAGUCAGCAACUGAAUGAAUCAUUCGGUUUUAAUGAAGUUUCAAGGUUGUUUGAAGAGGAGGAACCAAGUUUGGAUGAACUGAAACAAGCUUUUGAUGUUUUUGAUGUGAAUAAAGAUGGGUUUAUUGAUGCAAAGGAAUUGCAAAGAGUUCUUGGUGUUUUGGGAUUGAAACAAGGUUUAAACCUUGAGAAUUGUAACAAAAUGAUUAAAAGUUUUGAUGAAGACGAUGAUGGUAGAAUAGAUUUUAAAGAAUUUGUAAAAUUUAUGGAGAUCGGUUUUUGCUGAAUUAAUUUUGGAAAAUUAAUAUAUAUUUAAUAUUUUGAUCUCA